ACGACGUGCUAGAGAAGGCGGCAGACGUGCUGGGGUUACUUGCAAAAGAUGACGCUGAAGUGCGGAGGGCUGUUGCGGUGGAUGCUGGAGCGCUUCAUGUGUUGGUGAGCCAUAUGACCAGCAAAAGCGGCUUCGUGCAGCAGCGGGUUGUCACGCUGAUGGCGGCACUGACACGGGAUGCAACAUCCCGGCAGGCGGUGGCGAGGGCGCCAGGGUUCUUGCAGGGGCUGACGACGAUUUUGAAGCACAGGGGUGCACCUCGCUGGCUCGUGUUGGAGGCGCUGCGGGUUGUGGGGGCCGAAGAAGCCGUCGGCAAGGAGCUUCUCAAGGUGGCCGCCGAAGUCUUCUCCCAAUUGGCUGGACACGCCGGAAUCCGGAAGGCAAUCGCGGAGGAACCGGGGGCCAUAGAGCAGCUGGUGGUCGUUUUGGGCAUCGGGGGUUCAGAUGGGGCGCAGAGAUCGGCGGCGUUGGUGUUGCACAGGUUGGCGUGGGAUCUCGAGUGCCGGCCCCUUAUCGGCGCCGCACCCGGGUGUCUGCAAAAGCUCUUCCGCCUCUUCAAGGGUCCCGGGGAAUACGUGCAGAGUGCAGCCGGCGAGGCGCUGUGGUGUACUGCGUGUUUCACGGGGAACCAAGGCGCUUUCUGGGAACGGUCUGGGGUUCUGCAGGAGUUGAUAGGCCUCCUAGGCGAGAAGUGCACCGGAGUCCAGCGCGCCCUUUCGGCCAGAAUCCUGCACAACCUGUGCUUUGAUGCUGAGGAGGGCCAAUGUAACGAGGAGAAGACGCGUGCCAUUGCGGCUGCGCCGGGAUGCUUGGAGCAGCUGUCCGGCCUGCUGAAAUCCGGCAAGAGUUUCGUCGCGGAGUGGGGCCUGAAGGCGCUUCGUGCAUUGUCUGAAGAUCGUCAGAUGCGGACGGUCAUCUUUGGAGAGCCGGGCCUUGUGCAAACGCUUGUUGGCUUCCUCGACCCGGACGCGUUCGACGCUGGACAUCGCCGCAAACAUGCUGCAAAGGGUUCUGAAGGCGGAUGCGAAGAACCGGGAGACCUUUCUUUCCAUUCCGGGGAGCCUCGAAAGGCUGAAGAUCCGGCGGUUCGGAGAAAGAUCGCGGGGAUCCCCGGGGCGCUGCAGAGCUUGGUGGAGCUCCUGAAACAGCACUGGAUGCGGGAAGUGGCUCUGGAGGCCCUGAUCAUUUUUGCGGAGGACAAGGAGAUUCGGCGGGGGAUCGCUGCGGUGCCGGAGUGCCUGGAGACGCUGCGGACGCUGGCGAGUCUGCCGGACGCGGAGAUCCAGGAGGGAGAGGACUCCGGGCUGAGAGAAUUAGCGGCGGGGAGUUUGAACACGGAAACUGAAGGGAACGGGCCCUCAGCCGGGGAGGCAGAAGGGGCGGGAAGCGGGGAUGGAGCCGGGAGUUGGGAGGGGGACAAAGGUGGGGAAGCGGGAAUGAGCGAGGGAGCCGAGAAUGGGGUGCGGGGCGAAAGCAAGGAGCGGGGACAAAGUGGGGAGGCGGGACUGAAUGGGAAGGGGGCUGCGAGCGAAGAGGUGCAAGCGAGCGAGGAAGCGGUGCAAGGGGAAGGGAGCAGGAUGUGAGGAGUGCGGAGGUGCGAUCGUCAUGAUGCCGUGCGCGGCACUCCCUGCCGCCGGUCUUGUUGCUUGCGACGUCAGCAGUGACGUCAGCAGGUCGGGCGGUCACUAAAAUCCCUGAGCGACGGGUCUGGGUCUUGCUAGCUAGGAGAAGGAGGGCCAAGGUCGAGAGACUCGUUCAGCUGCAGGAGCUUAAGCAGCGGCCUCCAGGAGUGCGGGUAAAACGGAUCUUAGCGAAGGGCGGCUUUGGAAGGAGUAUACCCAAUCAGGUAGAUUGAAAGCAUCAGAGGAUCCGAGGCGAAGUCCAGUAUUCGACACACAAAUUUUUCCUUUUGAAGUCAAAUGUCCAAGGCUAGCUAUAC